UACAAAAUGGUCUUAGGCAAGCAGCUAUCAGAGGCCUAGUCUCCGUGUUCCAGACCCUUGCCCGCAAAUGUCCGGCGUCGCGGCUUGGGAACCAAGACGAGGAUGGGUACUCGCUGGUCCACUAUGCGGCGCUUCACAACCGACCUCAGAUCCUCCAACUGCUCAUGAUCCAAGGUCAAGACAUCAGCGUCAGAAGGCAUCAUCUCACUACGCAAGUUGGCACCACUCCCCUUCAUCUAGCAGCCAAGAGCGGCAGCUUGGAUUCUGCCCUCCUGAUGGUAAGUAACCAUGGCGAUAUGGUGAGUGCAGAUAACGCUGGCUGGGCAGCGAUACACCACGCCUCCUUCUACAACCACGCACCCAUAAUCAGGAUGUUCAUUAGGAAGUUUGAAGAUCAGAUGGAACUGGAAACCUGGGAUAAGUUGCGGCAGACCCCACUGCUCCUAGCCGCCAGCAGUGGAGCGCUGGAGUCUGUCAAGAUCCUGAUUGAACUGGGUGCAAAGAUCCUGAAGACGGACACAGAGAGGAAUAACAUGGUUCACCUGGCUGCUCUCAGGUUCCAUACCUAUGUCCUGGAAUUCUUCAUCGAGUGGAACCACAAGGAUGCACCAGUUUGGAAGACUCUUGUUGAGAUGUUGAAUUCAACAGACUUCCGUAAGAAAGACAGUGCCGUCCGCUCUCUGGAGGUACUUACAACGUCUGGUAAACCCCAUUGGAAAGCUAUCCUGGAAGCCAAUGGUAUCCCAGCCUUGGUGAAGAUCCUCCAGAUGAAGUCCUCUGAGAUGCAAUCCCUGGGAGCCGCCGUCUUGUGCAAUAUGUCCUGCAACGAGCCCAUCUGCCACGCCAUCGCCAAAGCAGGGGGAAUCCCCACUCUAAUCAAGCUUCUCUCUGCAUCCCGAGACGACAUCCAGUCACGGACGGCCAUCGUCGUAGCCGACAUGGGCGCUUAUGACGACCACCAGACGGAGUUCAGCCGCGAGGGGGGUAUCCCUCCUCUCAUCCAUCUCCUGGAUUCGGAGCUGGAGGAUGUUCUUAAGCAGGCGGUCAACGCGGUCAGGGUGCUGUGUCUGGACCAUGAAGAGAAUCAGACGUUGGUUGCCAAGCAUGGAGGAAUUGGACCGCUGGUGGAGUUUCUAACGGUCAAUUCAGAUGAGCUGAAAGAGGCCUCAGCGGCCGCCCUGGCUGCUCUUACCUACGGUCACCUUGACAACCAGAAUGCGGUCAUCGCUCAGGGAGCGGUUAAGCCGCUGGUCAAGCUCAUCAAGUGUCACAACAUCAAGGUCCAGGUCAAGGCCGCCGCUGCCCUGGAGUCUCUGGGAGAGAGCAACCCGGAGUCUCAGAGGGCCAUCCUGGAUCUCCAUGCUCCAGGAGCUCUCAUCAAGCUCCUAAUGUUCUGGGCAUUAGAUGUGAAGGAGCAAGCGGCCUGCUCCCUGUGGGCCUUAGCAGGAGACACCAGGAGACAACAGAAGGAGACACCAGAAGGAGAUCACUUCUGGGCAUUAGAUGUGAAGGAGCAAGCGGCCUGCUCCCUGUGGGCCUUAGCAGGAGACACCAGGAGACAGCAGAAGGAGAUCGCUCAAUACAUCGGGAUCAGCGGCAUCAUCGAUCUCAUCGUCAAGUCAGAGAGAUUGCAAUAUGUUGCAUGCAAGGCAAUGAUUGCCCUUACGAGAGAAAGCUUUGACAAUCAGAACGAGAUCAAGAAGGAGAAUGGUAUUCUACCUCUCGUUCGUAUCCUGCGCUCCUCCAAGACGAUAGAGCGGGUUCUCAUGACAGUCAUCAGGGCACUCGGGACACUCUGUAUAGGUGUGGCCAACCGUAACAACCCCGUCACCCAGAACAAGAUUGCUGAGGAGGGGGCGAUCGGGACCCUGGUGGGUCUCCUGCGCUCCUCCUCUAACCACCACAUCAAGGUGGAGAUAGCCAUUGCCCUCGGAGCCAUCAUCCUGGGUAACCGUGGCAACCAGAAGCUGCUGGAAGAAGAACCGAUGUUCAGCAUCCAUCUACUGCUUCAGCUCAUGAAUGAAAAAGAUGACAGCGUCCGUCUGAAAGCAGGGACGGCGUUGUCUACCUUCGCCUUCAACAACACCAGCCAGCAGUACAACAUACGGGAAGCAGGGGGGAUCAGGAUGUCCAACUUCCAACGAUUCUUAGAGUCAGAAGACGAGACUCAUCAAGCUUAUGCUGCCUUCCAGAUUGUGGUUUUGGCCCGUGUUAUCGUAGACAGGGAUCAAGUUUCUUUAUCAGCAGAAGGCGUGACCAGAUUAGUAGGACUACUCAAAUCUGAGAACCCAAACACGGUUAUUCUUGCAGGGAGCCUCCUAGCGAGUCUUGCCCAUACCAGGGCUGGCAUUCCUGAUGCCAUGAUCACCUCCGGUGCUGUAGAUAUCCUCAUCAAUCACCUCCACUCCGACAACAUCGAAGUCCGUUGCUCAUCGGCCGUCGCCCUCGGCUACCUGACCUUCAACCGGACGGCGACCCGGCUGUUGCUGAUAGCGACCAGGAACACACCGGGUUUGUUUCAUAAGCUAAUGGACAACCUAGAUAAAGAUGGCAAGAUCUCAGAGGACUUCACGGAGGAGUACAGGAGACAGCAGAUUGUAGGACUACCAGCUCUCAGUUUGGAGAAGCAUGGAGGUCCAUCUGCUGUGCCCCCACCAAGACCAAGAGGUUCCAGCAGGCAACAGAGUCGUCCGAAUACAACCAUGGGUUUCAACAGCCGUCCUACGACAGCAGCUACCUCCACGUCAGGCAAACCUCCCCCAAGGUCCACCUCGGCUCCGGUCCGCUCUCGUCAGGUCCGUACUCCAAAGGUCGUCGCCCAGGGCAACGGACGCAAAGUCAAGAUAGAAGAGGGCAACAUGGCGUCGGCGAAGGCCAAGAAUUCGAAAGUAGCUUGGGACUGACUGACAUUGAUUGCUAUGAGAAGCGAGAUUUGUCUCCUUUAAUUGCCCCAUGCAAUCAUGACAUGCUAGACCAGUUCAAAACACAGGAAACUGCUUUUAAACAAAAACUGCUGCAGGAAAACUUAGCAUGUGUAUGAGUGCCAGAGGAUGCAUUUGAUGGGUAUGAAGAAGAAAAAACCUGCGUAUGACGAUGGCCCCUAUACAAACACUCACAGAUCUGUGUAUUAUAGAUAUAUUCUUGUAUGCAAUGCAAUGUAAAGGACAUAAUGAUUUUUUUUUAAUUGUUUGCUGCCUUGUUUUUUGUUUGUUUUUCUUUCGAAUGAUUUAUUGCCUUGUGUGUGAAUUGACCUUCAUGGAUGGUUUCUUCAGGCAUCCAACUAAAAGUCAUUUAGAACGUGGAGAACUGGUCUGUAGCUCCAUGUACUAUGAGGAUCAGUCUGUCUGCAUGUGAUGCUGUAGUCUAGACAUCAAGCCUCAGUUCAGCUCCUAAGAUGAGUCUUCAGAGACCAAUUAGAUCCGUCCAUAUACAGCAUGAACGUCUGUUAUCCUUUUGUGCAAUUAUUUUUUCAGAAAGUUUCAAUUUGUAACAAUUCAUGUACAAGCUCACUAGUACAUCGUAUUCAAGAAAAAUGUAAAUGGAGAAAAUGAAUAUGUACAAGCGGUGGAUAACCUUAUAGACGGCCGUGUAACUUGAAGGUAGAUCUGCACAUGAACCUGUAUGAUACACUAUGUAGAAUAUAGUAGAUUUAGAUUUAGGGUUAUCCUACACUCACAUAAAAGCUAAAUAAUCGUAGGAUGUAAACUUAGAUGUGCCUUUUCUGGGUAAUUAGAAAGUAUUUUUUUUACAGUAGUUUCGAUAUUACCAAAUUACCAUAUAGACCCAGCAUGAUAAGGAGCUACAAUCGAUCAGAUUUUUGAAUUAUAUUUUUCCAAAAUACAAUGCACAAUUAUACUUACAAAUAAUGUGACAAAAGUUUUCUUCAAACCAAAGAUAAUUUUAUUGUCAAAAUUAGUCAAUGUUUAUUAGUAUUCAAGAAUUCUUGAAAUUCACAUUAUCUUCUAAAGACAUGUAUGUAAAACAGGGUAGUAUUUAAUAGCAAUAUUGUUUUCUUAUAAUGUACUGUAUUGACAUAAUGCCUAAAGUUUUUUUUUUUUUUGCCUUGCAGUAAUUAUAUUGGUUUGUGCCUUAUAUUUUUAUUUUUGCAUGAAAAAUGUUGACACUUUAAUUUCACUAUGCAUUUUGCUUUCCCUUAUCGCGCUAAUUCUGAUCAAAUGAUGUCUUACGGUAUAAAAUAUAUGUCUGUGCUGCUAGAGUUCCACCAGAUGCUGUUAUAUUGCUGCAGUCGUUCCACAUUCAAUUCCCUCCACAUUUUGAACUCUCAUCUUCAACCCGGAAACAAACACCAUAUCUAAACUGACCAAUUUGCUCCGUACAUUAACUUUCAUAAACUCGUUAUCAUUUUCGUUAUUGAUGAUGUAAUAGAUUAUUUUUUUCCCCUACAGUGGUUGUAGAGAAACAUGUUUGCAAUAAAUGUUUUGUGAGUGCAUGUACAGAUUAAAUUUCACUUUUUUUUAGUUAGUACAGAUACGUCAGAGUUGCCAAUUUCUGUUUGAUUGAUCGCAACUUCAUUAUGUUUAAUUGGAAUUUGCUCAAACUUUCACUGACCCAUUCCUCUCAUUUUUCUGCUUCUUUUAAAACCAACUAUAUAUCAGGAUGGACUUUAAGAAUCCACCAAAUGUUGAUAGAUAUUCUUUUUGAUGAAUUCCAAACUUCCAAAAAGUGUCUUUGCAUCCGUCCAAAAUGUUCCAAAUGAAUCAAAUUAAUUAUGAAUAUACUAUAUAAUUAUUUUUGAUGAAAUCUUUCAUGAAAUGAAUAAAUUGAAUUUUGUACAAUUAAAUGUGAUUAUAAAUAUUGAGA